CUUGCACCAAUCCGCGCGCAAAGGCGGCGCCGGUGACGCGCUCGUUCUGACGUCACGCGACAAUCGGAAAGGUCGUGAGUAAAAUGAACGUGUGAAUCGUGUCACAUGGACGCAGAGAGGUUUCUGCUUGCGAUCUGCACAAAACGACGGAAUAACGUGUGUCGGAGAACACCUCCAGAAACUGGAGUUCCCAUGGUGCCUUGCUUUGACGCGCUUCCUGUGUCUCACUGCUGCACUCAGCAUCAUCACGUUUGUUGUGUUGAGUGAUGUUCAGUUCUGAACCCCGUCACCUUCACUGAUCCUUAACCACGACUCUAUACACACCUACUAGCCGAUGGGGUGAUUUUGUUUUUCCCUCCUGGCAAAAGAAAGCCGGUUCCAUUAUAGGAAAGAUCUGGAUCCCAGGUGGAUCGAUCGAGUCGUGUUUUUACUAGAAGUGAAAACUUUUCUAAACCAUAUCCAGACACAGACGGAAGCUGGACAGUCAAAACUCCCCUUCGGCUGUCGUAGAAAGUUGGUCCUGAAGGCAAAGCAGCAUGGCUCGGAUGAACAGACCGGCUCCGGUGGAGGUGUGCUACAAGAACAUGAGGUUUCUCAUCACACACAAUCCCACCAACUCUACCCUUAACAGCUUUAAAGAGGACCUAAAGAAGUAUGGUGCAACAACAGUGGUGCGUGUGUGUGAGGUCACCUACGACAAAACACCCCUGGAGAAGGACGGCAUCACCGUUGUGGAUUGGCCGUUUGAUGACGGAGCUCCUCCCCCCUCCAAGGUGGUGGAGGACUGGCUGAACCUCCUCAGGAGACGUUUCAUGGAGGAACCGGGCUGCUGCGUGGCUGUGCACUGCGUCGCAGGCCUCGGCAGGUCAGUCAGCAUCCGGCGUAGAGUCGGGUCCAAACUUGGCAUCGAAGGCUACCUGAAAACAUCAUUCUUUCUUCUAAUUGGGCUCCGGUGCUGGUGGCUUUGGCUCUCAUUGAGUGUGGGAUGAAGUAUGAAGAUGCGAUCCAGUUCAUCAGACAGAAGAGGCGUGGCGCAAUAAACAGCAAACAGCUGACCUAUCUGGAGAAGUACAGGCCUAAACAGAGACUGCGCUACAAACACCCGCACAUCUUUAAGAGCAAGUGCUGCAUCAUGUGACCUGAACUGUGUAACCGAAUCGAGCCAGAACCGAACUCAUCAGACCGGGGUGAUCAUCGCUGAACUGCUGCUUAAGCAGAACCCCAUUUGGUCUGAUUGCAUCGUUGUGGUGCUUAAACCUCAUCACUCUCAAUGAGGAGUGAAUACUGCCACGCCUCUCCGAGAGGUCGAAGGUCACCACAGGGUUUGUAAGGUGCACCAAAGAUAGUGACCUUUGACCGAUCGACCAGCUAAUACGGAGCCAAGGGGAAUGAUGGGGAAACUUUUUAUCCUGCUCACUUUGUUUAUCUGUGAAGUCUCAGGUCAUUUCAUUACUCAGCCAUAUCUGCUCCGUCGCCUCAGAUAGCGCCGCUUACUCUCUACUUUCCCUGUGAUUCUGAGGCAUAUCGUGAGUAAGCUCAGAGUCGAAAUGGACUGAUGAGAUUUAUAUUAGGGCUCCUCCGCAAACUUCUUCGGCCUAAAUCUUUGCAGCUUCUACGAGACUGAUGGCGGCGUAAGGAUUACAUAAAGGUUUUUGUGAACUCUGCAUUAUACUGUAGGUCUGUUUUCUUCCACUUCUGUCAUUAUUAAUAUCAUUCUUAUCAUCGAUUUCUACACAUCCAUCACGUUUUUAAAUAAAAUUGUUGGAUCCGUUUUCCCCUGAAAAAUAAACCAAAUGUAUGUAGAAAGCAUGUAGCGCCUCACCACUUCCCGUGUGCUCCUGCGGUAACGAAGAUGAUGAAGACUCGCGUCCUUGGGAAGUCAUCCGUUUUAUCAUCUGUACUGUUGAAAUGCUUUUUGUUUUAAAACACUUUUGUAUAAAUAUAAGAUUCCAAGACAUAGCUGAAACUGUAAGUUCACUUUGAAUCUGACACUUAUGUGACAUUUAAAUAAAAAAUAUGGAAAAAAUAAAAUGUUUAUAAAAUUCA